ACAUCUCCCACUACACUGGGCGGUGCUGGUUUUGGCGGACACACGCACACACAUGAACCUCGCCCUGCUCGACCCCUUCUCGCACAACGAGCUGCCCGAGGUGAUCGAGGCGAAGCUCGAGGUGCCGUCCACCGUGAGCGUGUGCGCCUUCAACCGGCGCGGCUCAAUGCUCGCUGGCGGCUGCGACAACGGCCACGUCAUCGUGUGGGACUUUGAGACGCACGGCGUGGCGCGCACGCUGGAGCUGCACGAGGCGCCCGUCACCUCGGUCUCGUGGACCAAGUCCUCGCGCCGUCUCCUCUCCUCUGGCGCCGACGGCCGGCUCGCUGUCUGGGAUGUGCUCGGCGCCUGCGUCGUGCAGCUGCUGGCGCGCGAGAACCUCGAGUUCACCGGGGCGAGCACGCACCCGCUGCGGCGCGACGUGUGCCUCGCCUGCUCCUCGUCCACGGUCGUCGCCUCACGCGAGGUCUCCCUCGUCUUUUGGGAGGCCGCCGGCCCUCGAAGCCUCGCGCUGCUGUCGCCGGACGCACCUGCGGACGAGCCUGCGGGCGGAGGAGGGGAGGGGGCGGCGGGCGGCUCGGGCGGCUCGCGGAGACAGCCGCCGCCGCUGGUGGCGUGCUUCGACAAGCCGGGCGAGCGCGUCCUCAUCGGCUCGGGCAAGGGGCUCGUCACUCUGCUCGAUUUGAGCGGUGCUCGCCUCGCGGAGAUGCAGGUGGCGGGUGGGCCGGUGCUGCGCUCCCUCGCGCUGUCGCGCGAUGGCAUGUCUUUCGUCCUCGUGUGCGCCGACCGCGUGAUCCGCGCCUUCGCGCUGGAGCGCUUCUUUGAGGGCGGCGCCGCAGCCGGCCGAGAGCACCAGGACGUUGUCAGUCGCGUGCCGUGGGCGCUCGCAGCCUUCACCUCGGACUCAGAGCACGUCAUCGGCGCGGCGGCGGCCGCCGAGCAGAAGCUCUACAUCUGGGACGGAGACCGCCAGCUUGCAAAGAUGCUGGACGGGCCAAAGGACCCGAUUGUCUACUUCGCGUACCACCCGACGCGGCCGAUCCUCGCCUGCUGCGCUAAGUCGGGCGACAUCUUCGUCUGGACGAAGCAGUACUGCGAGAACUGGUCCGCCUUCGCGCCCGACUUCAAGGAGCUCGAGGAGAACGAGGAGUACGAGGAGCGCGAGGACGAGUUUGACCAGCAGCCGGCGCAGGUCGAGGCCAAGGCGGAGGACGAGGCGGAGCACAUCGACAUUGUCACCCUCGAGCCCUCCGAGCUGGCGCACUUUCCGGACGCGGACGACCCGGACAUCGAGCUCGAGUGCCUCCCCAUCCGCCCGCUCGCCGACGACGACGAGUCCGCCGAGGGCGGCGCCGGGAUCGGGGAGGCGGACGCCGAGCGAAAGGCGCCGCUCGGCCGGAAGCGGAAGGUGUGACGUGGAGUCGCUCCUUGCUAAUGGAGCUCAAUGAGCAGUGAGGAAAACACACACAGAUCACUCCGCGCGUGUGUGGGGGUCUGCGUCGUACGUAAGCUACUGGGUCGGUCGUCGGAGUAUAUAGCUAG